AUGAUUAAUAAAUCAAAUGAUAUUGAAACUACUUUAUUAUUAGUAAAGAUGGAUUGGGAUAAAAAUGAUCAUAUGUUAGCUAUUCCCGGUGAAUAUGCUCAUGUUGAUAUAUCUGAAUAUAUUUUCAAACCAACAUCAACAUCAUCGGAUAAAGAAGAAACUCAAGUUGAAAAAAUGACAACUAUUGUUCAAAAUUUUUCUAUAUGUCUUUAUAUUCUCGAUGGUCGUUUCGAUCAACUUCAUACACUUUAUAUUGAAUUGGCUAAUAUUGUUCCUCCAUCAAAAGAAAUUGAAAAUCAAAAAAAAAUUCCAAAUCUAAAAUGUUUUGUUUUGUAUUGUAUUUUGAAAACAUCGUAUUACAAUCAAUUAAUUUUACCACUUCUUUAUCGAAUGCCAAAUUUAGAAAAACUUAGUUUAGAUAUCAGAGUCUUUAUUAAUGAAACAUUUAUUGAUGGAAACAAUUUGAAGAAAAAUAUUCUUAAUCGUAUGUCACAAUUAAAACAAUUUACAUUUAAUAUUAGUUCGUCUAUUUUUAUUAAUAAUGAAAUUAAUUUACUAUCGAAUGAAGACAUUCAACAAACAUUCAAUGAUUUUCAAUAUAGUAAAAUAAUAUGUUGUGUUGAUUAUUCUCAAGAGUAUAAACAGGUUCUAUGUCAUAUUUAUUCAUAUCCAUUUUUAAUGCAACAUUACGAAGAUGUAACAAAUAAUUUUCCAGGUGGAUUAUAUCCAUAUGUUCGUCUUAUAUCAUUAUAUGAUGAACGUCCUUUUGAACAUGAUUUUUUUAUUCGAAUAUCUCAAUCAUUUCCAUUUAUGGAAAAAUUAUCUAUCAAUAAUCUUCAUGCACAAAAACAAAAAGAAUCUUAUAAAUUAAUAAAUGAUAAAUCGAAUUUAUCAAUUAUUAAAUAUGAUCAUCUUAUUGAACUUCAAAUAGAUCGAGCUCAUGAUGAUUAUAUUGAAGAAUUUUUAUGUAAUACAAAAACCUAUUUACAAAAUAAUAUUUUUUUUGAUGUCCAUUAUGAAGCAUUAAAAAGAGUAACACAUAAUUUUACAAGAGAUGAUACACGAAUUAAUUCUACCAAAGUAAAUCAACUAUUUUUAUUUGGAAAAGUCGAAUGUUCAAAAUCUUGUCAAGAUUAUUUUCCUUUUGCAGUAAUAAAUUGA